AGUGUCAACCGAAGGCGUCAGCAUCAUCAUGAAGAAAUUGUGUUUGCUUCUUUUAAUGGCACAUUUUGUGACUUCAAGUAGAGAUUUAAAUAGAAUUCUUGAUCGCGACGAAUGGAUUACAAUAGCCAAAGAGUACAUAAAAAACCACAAGCCGUAUAAGGCAAAAGUCUACGAACCUUACAAGCCGCAAAUUGUAAAUUUUACAAACCCGUUCGAUGGAGAUAUUUGGGACACAACUACAGAAGCAAACAUUAAGGAAUCUACGACAAAUGGGCCAACUGAAGAAAUAUCCAGCACAACGAGUAGUACCGAAGAUACAACAACAUUGCAGCCUGAAUUUUCUACUACAGAAUCUAGUUAUAUCACUUCGGAACAGCCUGAAACAACCACAAGUAUAUUGGAGACAACAACAUCAUGGCCGGAAUCAACUACCCAAUCUACCGAUUUUACAACAGAAUCAAGUGAAUCAACCACUGGAAUAUCUUCAGAAGUUCAGAGUACAACUGAUUCUAUUUUCGUAACAUCGGAAGCUCCUGAAACAACCACAAAAUCAACCACUGGCAUAUCUUCAGAAGAUCAGAGUACAACUGAUUCUAUUUUCGUAACAUCGGAAGCUCCUGAAACAAGCACAAGUAUUUUAGAGUCCACUGCAGAAAACACGGAGUUAAGUACUGUUUAUUCUACGACAACCAGUCCCGAAUCUUUAGAAUUGUCCACAGAAACAAAUCCAAGUAGUACGGAAUUUCUAAGUACUACAGAAAAUAAUCCAGUUACUACAACUUUGCCGGAAUCAACAACCAUUGGAGAGUUUUCUACAGAAUCAACCACUUUGUCGCAAUCAACUACCCAGUUAACCGAUUUCACAACAGAAUCAUAUGAAUCAACCACUGAAAUUUAUUCAGAAAAUCAGUAUCAUACUACAACUGAAACAUUGGAAACCUCUACAGAGAACCUAAUAACGUCUACAACUCUGCUGGAAAUUAUAAGCACCACUCCGGGCAUAGAAACUACAACCUCAUACCUAGGUACAGUGAUUGACAGCACAGAAGUGGAGAGUUCAACACCAUCUGGUUUUAAUUUAACAACUACUGAAAUAAUUCAAAGGCAGGAGGAAACGACCACGCCCAGGCCAUCUUAUCUCGUGGAGGAUUCUAUAAGACAAAGGCCUCGAAAAUUGAAAUAUACUUCAGACACAGAGCCUGAACUUUACUGGUACUAAAUAUAUUUUAA